UACAACUGCAUCGACACUGGCUACAUCAGCGUCUAUAUAAUGCAUCCUUUUUGGAACUGGUGUGUGCAGUUUCUACCCAAAUGGCUAGCUCCGAAUCUCAUCACAUUCACCGGCUUCCUGUUGACCGUGGUCAAUUUCAUUUUAAUUGCAUAUUACGACUGGGAUUUCCAGGGAGCGAACAACGCCGUACACACAGUGCCGCGCUGGGUUUGGUCGGUGGCGGCUAUUAAUAUUUUACUUUACUACAAUUUAGAUGGCAUGGAUGGCAAGCAGGCACGUCGCACUGGCACCAGCAGUCCGCUGGGUGAACUAUUUGACCACGGUCUGGACUCUUACUCCGCUGCGCUCAUACCCAUUUAUAUGUUUUCACUAUUUGGCACAAAUGACUUGCCGCCGAUUCAUAUGUUUAGGGUUAUUUGGAAUGUUUUUCUUAAUUUUUAUUUGACACAUGUCGAAAAGUAUAACACCGGAGUUAUGUUCUUGCCGUGGGGAUACGAUUGCACGAUGUGGGGCGUCAGCUUAAUGUUAUUCUUCACCACACUGGUCGGUCCGAAUAUUUGGCAUGCACACCCAUUUUUGAAUGUCAGUAUGGCAAAUAUAUUUGAGUUUGUGCUACUGACUUCGAGCAUGAUAAGCAGUCAUCCAAUUAUCAUAAAAAAUAUAUAUUUAUCAUACAAAAAUAAAACCGGUAAAAUGCUUCCAUUCAUGGAGGCGGCGCGACCACUCUUCCCCUUCCUUUGGCUUUUCGCAAUCGGCACAUUUUGGUGCUUUUACUCGCGUAAUGGCAUCAUUGAUCUGUCGCCGCGCAUACUAUUCGUGCUCUUCGGAACGUUAUUUUCCAAUAUUGCGUGUCGCUUGAUAGUGGCGCAAAUGUCCGACACUCGCUGUGAUGGUUUCAAUCUACUCAUGUGGCCACUAUUGGCUACUGUGGCUGUAUGCUGCUUUCCGCGGUACGAACAAUUGUGGGGCAGCGAUAUUAGCGCUGAAAUGGAAUGUUGGAUUGUGCAGGCGUUAACGAUAUUCGUGACCAUAGCGCAUCUGCAUUACGCACAAGGAGUGGUUUGCGAAAUGUGCGAUCACUUCAAUAUUCGUUGCUUUAAAAUAACAAAGCAAACGGAUGAGGCAAGAGCCGUGGCAAGCGUAGCGCCCGAACAUGAACUCCAACAGAACUCCACUCCAGUUUGAGAGCAAUGCAGUUUACAAGCAGUCAGGAAACCACGAAAA